GAGUCCCAAACUCAGCUGUCAGCCCUUUGAGGCGUGUGUUAACAAAACUUGUCGCGUUGCAGUUUUUCGCCGUGGUUUUUAAGAAUCGGUCGUAAAGCAACCUGCCGCUACCCUUCAUCAACGCCAACUGUCCCGGAAAACGGUAAGGACAGCAUGGAUCGCCUACCGGACGACGCUCUGCUGGAGGUGCUGAAGCGCUUGGACGUGGCUGACCUCCUCGCCUGUCGCCUGGUCUGCAAGAGGCUGGCCGCCCUCGCCCUGCACCCGGACGCGUGGCGGCACCGGCACGUCGUGGAGUCAGGCUGUCUGUGCCCGACGCUGCGCCUGGCGCCCUGCCUGGCUCGUCUUGAAGUUAAAGUGCGUUCUCGGCGUUUGACUUUGAAGGGCCGCUGCACCCAGGAGUACGCGACCACCUGCUGUGCCGCGGCGCAGCUGCACUUGACUGUUGAGGACUACUCCGAGGAGGACGCCGCUUUGAUCAUCCGACGCCAGGGCCUCCUUGGCCGGCUGAAGAGACUGGAGGUGACAUGGCGUGAUUCAUCGAUUGCCCUCGAUGACUCAGUAUUGCUGACGGCCGUCGCGUCAACUUCUGGGCUACAUGUGCUGCGUGUGCGCUUGAGGUUCAUGCCAAGUAAUAAGACUGACAUGUCUAUCCUAACGAAAAACUUGCUCAGCAUCGCCGUGCCCUGCUCCAUCAGGGAAUUUGAAUGUGGGGGGCCUGGGGGGCCUGGCACGAUUGAGCCCUUCGUGAACUAUGUUCUGGAAAGGCAUGCCGCUGCCCUGGAGACGGUUGAUCUGUUACCAGAUUGGUGUUGGACCUGGGGUAGAAACUCAUCGGUGUCCACCUCGACAGCUGCCCAGCUCGCCGGGCUUCCCAAGCUGCGCAGCCUUGCCUGCCAUCUCUUUCCCGAAGUGACCGCGUGCAAGACCCUGCGGUUCCUAAAGCUCGGGCUGUUGAAAGGAUCUGGGCUCGUUCAGGGGCUCUUCCGCCACGUCGAACAGCUGCAGGAGGUAGCGCUUUCGAUGGUGUACACGGAACUCUCACAAUCCGACGUUUUGUCGGAGACGAUUCUCGCCCUCACCGGGUCGCACCUCAAGAGCUUGAUGGUUGCUUAUGAGACGACCGACGCCGCUCCCGUCGCGCACAACGAUCGGUGGUCGCAGGCGCUGCUCAGCGUGCUGCCUUUGUUGCCUGCACUACAAGAUCUAGCUGUGUCCUGGCCGACGGAUCAACUUUUGCGAGGCAUCAACCCCAUCACCAGCCCGGCGCUGCGACGCCUGAUUUUGUCAUGCCCUGAACGUACAGGUGCCUGCCCCCAGGCGCUGGUUCACACUGGUGCGGUCAGGGAUCUAUUUUCUGCUAAUCCUUCUGUGUGCGUGGGCGUUCGACCUCCGUGCCCGGGAGUUUGCAACUGCAUGGAGUGCGUGGGCGUGGGUUCCUUGGAGGAGUAUUACGACUAUAUGUAUGAUGUUGUUUCACUUUCUUUGAUGUGAUACCAUACAAUAUGUGUAGGUUUUUGUAAAACGAAAGUGGCACUGGGGUUUAUUUUUAAAUUAAAAGAUUGAUUAAUUUUG